CUCUCUGGGUGUGGAGGCGAGCUGAGCUCAGGCCAGCGCUGCUCUGCCUCUCCCUUCUCAGUGCUGGCUGAUGGAGCACAGGGCCAGGGCUGGCUCUCGCCGAGCCCUGGGUCCCCUCUAGCUCAAUCCCCAGAGAGGGAGAGGCUCGUGCCCAGCAGCGUUCUGCUAGGCCCUGUAAGCUCCCUGCACCCCACCAUGCCUCUGCUGGACGUUUUCUGGGCUUGCUUCAGGAAAGUGAAGUGCUUCCCGUUGCUGCAGGGGAGGAAGAAUGCUGAAGCUGAGGCCAGAAAAGCAUGCGAGUGGCUCCGAGCGACAGGAUUCCCUCAGUAUGCUCAGCUUUUUGAAGAAGGUUCGUUUCCCCUGGAUAUUGGCUCUGUGAAGAAGGACCACAGUUUUCUGGACGAAGACUCUUUGGGGGCCCUGCGCAGGAGGCUGAUGACCUUGAACAAUUGUGCCUCGAUGAAACUGGAGGUUCAUUUUCAAUGCAAGCAGAAUGAAGACUCAGAGGAGGAAGAGCAGUGUACCAUCAGCAACCACUGGGCCUUCCAGCAAGAAAGUAAAUGCUGGUCUCGUGUGGACUCCUCUGACCUGCUGGCCCCACCAAGCCAUGGCCUGCCAGUGACCUCCAGCUGUGAGAGCAUCCUCACUGAGUUUAGCGCCACCUCCCUGCCAGCCAUCACCGUGAGCCUAGCGCCUGAGCCAGCGGCUCUGCCCUCCCUAAGCCGUGCACCCAGCCCGAGUGACCGACCCCUCCUCAGCCCUACCCGGGGCCAAAAGAGUCCCCAGGACAAAGCCAAGAAGCACCGUUCUCGAAGCUUCCUCAAGCACCUUGAGUCUCUGAGGCGGAAGGAAAAGGGUGGCAGCCGGCAAGCAGAGCCUGAGGGUAGCCCAGCCACCCCCAAGAAGGCCUCAAAAGCCUCCUCUUUCCGUAGUCGCCGUGGCUUCCUCUCUACUGGAUUCUACAGGGUCAAGAACCAGCCAGCCACCUCAGCCAGUGGUGCUGGUGCUGAGACUCAGAGGGCCUGGGAGGCCUGGCCUGUGGCCACGUUCUGGCAUCCUCAGCGGGUACACCGGGGUGACUGCCUGGUGCAUGUCCCCAGGGACCACAAACCAGGCACAUUCCCUCGCUCCCUGUCCAUUGAGAGCCUGUGUCCUGAGGAUGGACAACGCUUGGCAGAUUGGCAGCCAGGUAGGCGCUGGGGCUAUGAAGGGCGCCGGGGCUCCUGUGGCUCCACGGGCAGCCAUGCCAGCACCUAUGACAAUAUGCCUGAGUUGUACCCAGCUGAACCUGUACUGGCUGGGGCUGACGCCGAAGAUGAGGAGGUUGGGGGCAGCUAUGCCCACCUAGACGACAUCCUCCAGCAUGUGUGGGGCCUGCAGCAACGGGUAGAGCUUUGGUCUCAGGCCAUGUACCCAGAUCUGGGGCCUGGAGAUAAGGAAGAGGAAGAAGAGGAUGAAGAAGAGGAGGAGGCCGCUUCAUCAGUAGAAAUAGCCACAAUCGAGGUUGAAGGCCAGGCUGAGGCUCUGGCCCAGGUCGAGGCUCUGGCCCACAGAGAGUCCUCAGCCCCGCCCCAGGCUGAUGACCAGCCAGGAGUCCCAGCUCAGGCUCCGGCUCAGGCCCCAGCUGAGGCUGAGUCCCUGGCACAGGCAGAGGCAGAGGCCCUGGGCCCAGCCCAGGGUAAUGAGCAGGAGGCGAAUUCAAGCAGGGAACCCACCUCUGUCUCCAGCCUGUCUGCGGAAGAAGGACACUCCAUUUCUGACACUGUGGCCUCCUCCAGCGAACUGGACUGUAGCGGGAACUCCAUGAACGAGGCUGAGGCCUCAGGGUCCCCGGCUGGACUCCAGGCAUCAGCGCCCCGUGAACGACGAGAUUCAGGCGUUGGGGCCUCACUUACCAGACCCUGCAGGAAGCUCCGGUGGCACAGCUUCCAGAACUCCCACCGGCCCAGCCUCAACUCAGAGUCGCUGGAGAUCAACCGGCAAUUUGCUGGCCAGAUCCACCUCCUGCACAAGGGCUCGCUGCUGCGGCUCACUGCCUUCAUGGAGAAGUACACUGUGCCUCACAAACAGGGCUGGGUCUGGUCAGUGCCCAAGUUCAUGAAAAGGAAUAAGACCCCAGACUACAGGGGCCAGCACGUGUUUGGGGUGCCACCUCUCAUCCACGUGCAGCGCACAGGCCAGCCACUGCCGCAGAGCAUUCAGCAAGCCAUGCGCUACUUGCGCAGCCAGUGCUUGGACCAGGUGGGUAUCUUCCGCAAGUCUGGGGUGAAGUCUAGGAUCCAGAACCUGCGCCAAAUGAAUGAGACCUCCCCCGACAAUGUCUGCUAUGAGGGCCAGUCGGCCUAUGAUGUGGCUGACCUGCUGAAGCAGUAUUUCCGGGACCUGCCUGAGCCUAUCUUCACCAGCAAACUCACCACCACUUUCCUGCAGAUCUACCAGCUCCUCCCCAAGGAUCAAUGGCUGGCAGCAGCACAAGCCGCCACCUUGCUGCUCCCUGACGAGAACCGAGAGGUGCUGCAGACUCUGCUCUAUUUCCUAAGUGACAUUGCCUCUGCUGAGGAAAACCAGAUGACAGCCGGCAACCUGGCAGUGUGCCUGGCACCCUCCAUCUUCCACCUCAACAUCUCCAAGAAGGAUAGCCCCUCACCCAGGAUCAAGAGCAAACGCAGCCUGGUUGGCCGGCCAGGCCCAAGGGACCUAACUGAGAACAUGGCUGCCACCCAGGGCCUAUCACACAUGAUCAGUGACUGCAAGAAACUUUUCCAGGUGCCCCAGGACAUGGUGCUGCAACUGUGUGGCUCCUACAGCGCAGCCGAGCUCAGCCCUCCGGGCCCAGCCCUAGCUGAGCUGCGGCAGGCCCGAGCUGCUGGCAUGAGCCUGAGCCUCUACAUGGAAGAGAGCGUCCAGGAGCUGCUGCGCGAUGCUGCUGAGCGCUUCAAGGGCUGGGUGAGCGUGCCGGGGCCCCAGCACACAGAGCUGGCCUGCAGGAAGGCACCUGACGGGCACCCCUUGCGUGUGUGGAAGGCAUCCACAGAGGUGGCGGCCCCUCCAGCUGUGGUGCUACACCGUGUUCUGCGGGAGCGAGCCCUCUGGGAUGAGGAUCUGCUGCGGGCCCAGGUGCUGGAAGCCUUGAUGCCGGGUGUGGAGCUGUACCACUAUGUCACCGACAGCAUGGCACCCCAUCCCUGCCGUGACUUCGUGGUACUUCGGAUGUGGCGCUCUGACCUGCCCCGUGGGGGUUGCUUGCUUGUCUCUCAGUCCCUGGAUCCUGAGCAACCUGUGCCAGAGUCAGGGGUGCGGGCCCUGAUGCUCACUUCCCAGUACCUCAUGGAGCCUUGUGGCCUGGGCCGCUCCCGGCUCACUCACAUCUGCCGUGCAGACCUCAGGGGCCGCUCUCCUGACUGGUACAACAAAGUCUUUGGGCACUUGUGUGCCAUGGAAGUGGCAAAGAUCCGGGACUCCUUCCCCACCCUGCAAGCAGCUGGUCCUGAGACAAAGUUGUGAGCCUCGGCCUGGUCCCAGGGUGGCACCACCUGGGCCCCCGGUACCAAAGGAGUAAGAGGGAAAUGAGAGGAGAGCAGCUCUCAGCUGCUGAUUCCAGGGGCAGAGGCAGGCCUGUGCAGCUGCAGCUGCCUCCCUUACUUCCUGAAGCUCCUCCACACAUACAGGGGAGGAAAAGAGAAUUUCAGUGUUCCAUCUCCAUUCCACCCUCAAACCUGUGUUCUGCUCUCCAGAGAGAGAGAGAGAGAGAGAGAAAGAGAGAGAGAGGGGGAGAGGAGUCAUUUUAGGAGCAAGAAGAUGCUACUGCCCUCCAGGCCCAUGGAGCCACCAGUCAAUCUGAAGCCCUACUGGCUGCCCUCCACUGCAGGGGGAAGGAAGUAGACAGCAGUGUGUGCUCCCAGAUCUCCACAAUUCAGAGAGGCCAAGCCAUCCUGUUUGGUACUAGAGUCCCUUUGAGGUUGGACAGGAAGUUCUGGUCCUGCCUUUAGGCCCAACAUUGGCCCUGAACUGGCUUUUCCAGAGAAAUUGGACUGGAGUGGAUGUGCACAGGGGCAGAGCACAGGGCAGCCCCAACCCCACGAUCUGUUUUACUUGUGUAAAUACAAUGAAGACUUUUAUGAAGCUGAUUUAAAGAGUGGGCACUGACAGGCAACAACGAUUUGGGAUAGCUUGAGAUGUGAGAGUGGGGGGAGCCUUCCUUUCUCAGGUCUCAAGAGACCAAUGAACCAAUCUCCUCUGGCUUGGGCCCCAUACUUUAUCUGCCACUCUCUGGGGUCCCAUGUAGCCUUUGGGCACACGCUGCCAUGUCUGCAGAGUAAACAGGCUCAUCCCCUCACUGCAUGGGCUGAGCACAAGCAGAUGGUGGCGAGGAGAGACAGAUCUGUGUCCAUGUCCUUUCUCCUGCGGUAGCAGGCUGACAUAACAGUCCCUUCCUCAAGCAGAGACCUGGCCCCCAGCUCAGGCGGCCAGCCAGCCAGAUAGAAUGGCCUAGUGUCAUCUCAGCCAGCUGGAGCUUGAUCCAAACCUGACCUAUCCCACCCACCAGCCAUCUUGGUUCAUGUGGAAAUUCAAAUGCCAACUGGUGCUUUAUUUUUCUUUCAGAUGAAUAAACUAGAGUGGGAUGGGUCCCAGCCAACGUUGUAAUUUUUAAGCCUAUUUUAUUUGUACCUAUAAAUACUGUACAGUCAGAAUAUAUAUAUGUAUUUGUGUGUGUAUAUACAUAUAUAUAUAUGUAUAUACACACACGUCUAUAUACACACACAUAUAUUCUAUCAUGAGUAUACUAUAAUCUGUGGGUGGGAGCAGGGAUCUGGAAAGCCUCGGGGUGGGGAGGCAAGGCACUUAAGAUAAGAUGGGGGAGGUAGAGAGCAGGAUCCACGUGACCCCUCAGCAGAACAAUAAAACAUUACUAGAAAUGCA